AACCUCUUUGUGUUCACACACAACCUUCACCUUUUUCACACCUUUUCUUCACUUUUCAAAUCCUAUUUUUUCCUUCUUUUUUUUUUAAAAAAUUCAGUAUCUUUCCAAUUUCACCUUAAAUCUCUUUCAUAUAUAUGAAUAUCUCAGCUUUGGCAUUUCAAGACCCCAUUUUUUUUCUUGUUUUUCUUUGUUUUCUUUUGAAAUGAAUAACGGUGAAAAUUGCAAACGGCGACGAAAGGAGGGGUUCACUGCCGACGAAGACCACGGCGAAAACGACGAUAGCUGUUCCAGUGGUCGUGAAACGAAGAAGAAAGAUUUGAAUGGUAUCAUCACUUCGUUAAUCUUGCUUGAUGAGCAAGAAAAGCGAGAUCGGGAGGAACGAAACGAUGCGUUUAAAGAAGAGAAAUCGGUUAUGGAGUCUACUCAUACCAAAGGAACCCGAACCAUGCUUGAAUUUCACUCUAAUUUAAACGAUUAUUACUCUAAAAUCGACGAAGCCGACCGUGUAAAGCGGAAGAAAUCCCGUGUCAAGGCGGCGACUGUGGUUGCUACAGCUUCGAAUCAUGUGGCUGACGACGGGAAUGGGAAAUCCGGGUCGGGUCAACAGAGACGGUUAUGGGUGAAAGAUAGGUCAAACGCAUGGUGGGAUGAAUGUAACCGACCCGAUUACCCGGAAGAAGAAUUCAAGAAGGCGUUUAGGAUGAGCAAGUCAACGUUUGACCUCAUAUGCGAUGAGUUAAACGCCGUUAUCGCCAAAGAAGACACCACGUUACGGAACGCGAUCCCGGUGAAACAAAGGGUUGCUGUUUGCAUUUGGCGUUUGGCGACGGGUGAACCGUUACGGCUCGUUUCGAAACGGUUCGGUUUAGGCAUCUCGACGUGUCACAAACUGGUCCUCGAAGUCUGUUCAGCAAUACGCAACGUUUUGAUGCCGAAAUACUUACAAUGGCCGGACGAAGACUCAUUACGGAAAAUAAAACAACAAUUCGAGGGCAUUUCUGGAAUACCAAACGCCGUCGGAUCGAUGUACACUACACAUAUACCAAUCAUCGCUCCGAAGAUAAGCGUGGCCGCAUAUUUCAAUAAAAGACACACAGAACGGAACCAGAAAACGUCGUAUUCGAUCACCGUACAAGGCGUCGUCGACCCGACCGGAGUUUUCACCGACGUAUGUAUCGGUUGGCCCGGUUCAAUGACCGACGAUCAAGUCCUCGAAAAAUCAGCUCUUUUCCAAAGGGCUAAAAACGGUGGUCUAUUGAACGGCGUUUGGGUGGUCGGAAACUCUGGGUAUCCAUUAAUGGAUUGGGUUUUAGUUCCUUACAAUCAACAGCAUUUAACAUGGACACAACACGCAUUCAAUGAAAAGAUUGGUGAGAUCCAAAAGGUAGCUAAAGAAGCAUUUGGGAGAUUAAAAGGGAGAUGGUGUUGUUUACAGAAAAGAACGGAGGUGAAAUUACAGGAUUUGCCGGUGGUGCUCGGAGCAUGCUGCGUUUUACAUAAUAUUUGUGAAAUGAAAAAGGAAGGGAUCGAUCCUGAGUUGAAAGUUGAGGUUAUUGAUGAUGAAAUGGUGGCUGAAGAUGGGUUAAGAUCGGUGAGUUCAUUGAAAGCUAGAGAUGCUAUUGCUCAUAAUCUUUUACAUCAUGGUCUUGCUGGUACUGGGUUUCUGUAAUUUAUAAUAUAUACCCAAAAAUGGAAAUAUUUAUGUUCUUUUAAAAAAAUUAGAAAUUCAUUUUU